UAAAUAUUCCAUACCCACGAAGUACGAAAAUGUCAAAAUGGACUAGAGAGUCCUGCCGAAGUCUCUCUUCGGGGAGCACCGUCGGAAAUUCCGAUGCUGAGCCAGGAGAGGUGGAUAUGGAGACGGGUUUAAGAACCCGGCUUGAACCCGGAGGCGGGGAGGGCCGAACUUCAGAUUUUUACCAGGGCCAGGCAGAGCUGCAAAGUGAUCUUAUGACCCCUUCCAGGAACUCGGGACGUGGCUCUAGGGCGAGUGGCAGGGCCAGAACAACUUGUGGGCGUCGUGAUAAAGAAGGAAAGCACGACGUUGCCCGAAGCAGUACCGCGAGCGCACGUUCCAGCACAUCAAGAAGAGAAUCGACGAGGAGGAGCGAGGCCCCAUAUCAACGCAAAACUGACGUUCUUCCGCCUGUCGAAGAAGAUGCAGCAGAGGGAGGUAGUCCCGAGGUAAAAGAUGCUCCGCCAGGAGACGAAGAAGGUGGGUAUUUUGACUGGGUGCGUGUUCCUGAAUUCAUGAAAACUGAGAAUUUGCCAGAGUACGCGAAAGUUUUUCCGAGCGAGGAGGGACGAGAGCAAGCGCUUCUAGAAGAGCGCAAGCAGAAGCACGGUCGUUAUUGUGAAGUUGUAUGGAUUCUGAUGAUCCCAGUUAUGACCUUUGUCGUGGUUGCUGCUACACUCGUAGGUUUCUACUUUGCAUUUACACGUACUGGACAGCCACCUGCUGGAGGUGGAGGACUGCCGGGUGUAGCUGGAGGAGGUGGCGGUCUAGUAGUAGCUGUUCAUGCCGAUGAUGCCCCGUACAACAAGCACCAGCUGCAUGACCUGUUGGAACCAGCUGAGAGGCAGCAGACGGCCUUUGCAGCAAACGACGCCAGCGCGCGCACUAAGAUGGAGAUCCUCAGUCCUGACCAGCUGCAGGUGAUCUGGCAGCGCAUCAGCCAGAGCCGUCGCGUUCUAGUGGGCGCGCCAAUCCAGACCAUCAAGGUGCAACUCCUCAAUGCAAUCUUCGCGGCCUUCGUGGUCGCAUUCAACGCGCACCCGGUGCGCUGAUCUUCACUUCCACAACAAGUAGUCCGCGUCUUCGAUGUCUAUCAUCUUCUUUAAGUGGAGCGCCAUCUUCUGCGAUAUCUCUGAAUGAUCUCGAACUCGAUCUUCGUCAUGUUGGAUCUAGUAGGAGUUAUUUUGUCAUCCGUAUGGAAGUUGUAGCAGUUUGUAUUAUGAGUCUAGAUCAUGAUGGUGGUCACGGUCACUCUAUACUACAAUUGAUGACUAGAAGCCUUUAGGUUUACUUAUCGUGUUCAGCAUUGUGGUCUACCCAUAUCCUAUAGUAUAGAUUGCAUUGAUUUCGUUCUUCUUCUUGAAGAACACAACAGGAACAAACUGCACGUUUGAGCAAUUGGAGUGUGGACGGACAGCGUAUUUACCUCUACGUUCACAUUGUUAACCCCAACUUUAGGUCGCGCACUAAUUUGUUAUCACAAUUUUCCUUUUGGGGGUAGCGAGAACUUGGUUCUUCUUGCUAGCAAAGACUAGUGAAGAAGAUUCUUUUCGCUUAUCUACCGAAAGGCCACCCACACCCAAAGUGCUUACGAUGACACCCUCGACCCUUGAGUACGAUGAAGUUGAGUACAGUUUUCUUUUGGUGAUGCAGUGAAAUAGUUCUAGUCUUGCAUCACGUUCCCACUUAUACUCGGCGGUCAUAGUACAUAGGAAACAAUCAUGGUCAUGGAUUAAGUUCUCCAUACUCAAGAAUGUUGAUCGUUUACUUUACUUCCCACGGCUCACCUCCAGAUGAAAGGGAACGUGUACUUUUUGGCAAAGUUAGUUACGCUCCACAUCAUGUUGUUUG